UGUGGACACUGAUACCUGUCAACUUGGUAUUAACUGACGUUUGAAGAAAUCCGUCAAAGAAGGGACGAUGGCGAGAGGUAGCCGGAGCCUGAGAAAAGUAGCAGAGUGCCUGAAACAAUUACCUACGACAGCGAGCCGGAAAAUACUUACCAGGAACAACGUAAGAUACCUGUCAUCAUGUGGGAUCCUGAUGACCCGUGUACCUCCCUUGCUGGGUGCAGCCAGAACAGGGCAUGGUGCUGUGAUGCCUGCCCGCAGCUUCUUCAACCUCGCUGAUUCCUUCUCCAAGAAGAAGGAGUACUCAGAGAGACGUAUCAUUGGGUAUUCAAUGCAGGAGAUCUAUGAAGUGGUGGCCGAGGUGGAAAACUACCGCCACUUUGUUCCCUGGUGCAAGAAGUCUGAUGUGGUGUUUAAACGAGCUGGAUUCUGCAAGGCCAAACUAACUGUGGGCUUUCCGCCUGUGGUGGAGAACUACACCUCCCUUGUCACGACAGUACGCCCCCACCUGGUCAAGGCGUCCUGUUCAGAGGCAAAACUGUUCAAUCACCUGGAGACGGUCUGGCGUUUCAGCCCUGGCAUUCCCGGCUAUCCUCGUACCUGCACCGUGGACUUUUCUAUCUCCUUUGAGUUCCGGUCCCUCCUCCACUCCCAGCUAGCUCACGUCUUCUUUGACGAGGUGGUGAAGCAGAUGGUGUCUGCAUUUGAGCGUCGUGCCUCCAAGGUGUAUGGUGCGGAGACAGUCAUCCCUCGCGAGCUCAUGUUCCACGAGGUUCACCACACAUAGUGUCUCCUUUGCUGCACAAACACAGAUAUACUGUCAGACGCAAAGCCCAAAGCCAAAGAGAAAAAAGAAAGAGGAGUGUGGAGAGAAAGAGAAGACUACCUGUAUUCUUACUGAAAACUGCAGUGCCUUUCUCACAGCUAUGACCAAGUUUAUUCUAAACAAUCUCAUCUUUACAACUGAUGUGGAUCCACCAGCUCAUUAUCACCUUGGUGCUAAACAUUUGUAUUUCAGUUCAUUUCCAUUAAGAGAACAUCAGUCUGUGCCAGGUUGUGAAACUGAAUGCACAGGUUAUGUGACUGUUUCCAUAGAAGUCAAACUAUGGCCUUGCAGUGCUGUUGGUCAUGAUUGGUCAAGCAAAUCAUCACGUCUGUAAACAUUAGCUACACUCAAUAGUUAGCUACACUGCUCUAACCACCAUGCUACCACUUGUAAAACCACUGGAACAAACUUUGAUUUGCAAGCUGCUGAUAGAAGAUAGUCUUCUUCACAAAUGCAGAGCCAUUUCCCUCCUAUUCUGCUCUCAGGUAGUUGAGCCAAUUCUCAUUUCACUGUGACUUGUGUGUUUUGUUUAAAACAUGUCGUCUCCAUUCUGUUAGGCUGAAAUUACUUUGAAUACAGUGUUUGAGGGAUUCCUGCAUUGUAGGGGGCCACUCUCUGUUUCUCUUUAGUGACACAGAUCUCAGAAUGCAGUGUAGAUGCAAAUGAUCACCUAUGUUGGGACCAGUCUACAAUACCUUGAAAAAUAUCAAUAUUUGAUGCCAUGUCCCAAUGUGGAAGACAUUUAGGGCAAGUUUGAUUUUUAUAAAGGAUAAAUAUAAUGAGACUUAUGCAUAAAAGUUACUUUACUUCUGUAGGAGGGGAUGCAGGUUCUGAAGUGGUGCAUGUCUAUUCGCUGUCUGAGAGGACAGUGAAAAAACACAGCUAUCGAUACUGUGGAAACUGACUCUUGAAACCCUUUGAAAUACUCAGAAUCAAUAUGUAUCAGUGUAUCGAUACUUUUGAUAACACUAGUUGGAAUAUAAAGAAAACAGGGCAGAUGACACUUUUGAAGUUGUAGGAGACCAGAGAGUGUUUUUGGAGACACCUAAUACCUUUAGCAGCUAUGUGCAGAGGCUUAGGUGUAUCUAAUAGAUGUUGCAGUGUGGAGAUAAAGAUGGAAGGCUGAAACUUGCAUUGCAGUCAGCUUGGAUGAUGCUGAUCUUAACUUCCUUUCUUUUUAAUGCACUGCUCAUGAGUGUGUUUCUGUGCAAAUUUAGAUCAGAAAGCAGUCUGAUUUCAAGUUGAGCGAUAUGGUCAGCGGGGACAGCGAGCCGUGCAGAAGCUUUAAGCCUGUUAAUUGCCCGUCCCAGGUCAGCGUCAUUACAUGUACAGUUUCGUCUGUAAUCUCAAGGAAGCAACGCACUUCGUCUGACAGCUGAUGUGAGCCAGGAGCUCAGUGGAUAAGGAUUAUAUGAGUGUUCAGUGACUCAGGUGUGAUUAGUUGGAAGGUGAUCCACAAAAAGUGAUGCCUGUAGACAACUUUUCAUAGAUAGCCAGUGUGUUUUCCAAAUACCUCCAAGUUCUGCUUAGUACACACAGUGUUAGGAAGCGCAUAUAUUAUUGUCAUCCCUGAUUCAUUUGCAGAUUAAAUUAUCGAUUAAUCCUGAAGAUAUUUAAUUCACUGUUACUUGUGAUAAAAGGGAAACAACUGAUGGCCACAUUUGACAAGCUGGAACUAGUUUGGCAUUUUUGCUUGAAAUUUAGAGUUCUGUUGAUCGACUAAUUGAUCGAUUUUGGAUUAAGAAUUGCAGCUCUGAAAGAGUUGGGUAUUAGAUCCAUGACUCAACAGCACUUUGAAGCCACAUGGCUCACAGUUGUUUCAAGGGAGCACAAAGACUGGUUAUAGCAGUGCAGAAUACUAAUGACAAUACUUUGUUUAUUAUGAAACAUUUUCUAACCCCUUGAGGUUCUUGACGCACAAUGGAAAUGAAAACUAAAGCAUUUUUUUAAAAGUUUCAGUAUGUAGAAAGUAGGCUGUUACAGUUGAGAUGGGGUCACUACUUACGGAUCAUGUUACUGCUGCUGCUCAUUCCUGGAAGGCAGAGGUUAGAGGUCAACAAUCCUUUUGUUAAGUAAAGAUAAUUUUAAGAUAUUUUCAGCAAUACUUACAAAGCCCUGGGUCCAGAUAGUAUUGAGGCCUCGAUGAUGACUGGAAGGCACACAAGAACUGAAGAAACGAAUGUCUGAAUUCAUGUAAAGAAACUCCACAAGUCAAAGCAAAAUCAACUCAGUGUUGUGCGGCUAAUGUACAGUCACUCUGCUCUUUAGUAAGUUUCAGCUCCCCACACAGCCAUAUACUGUAUAUUUGAAAUAUAGAUUAUAAAAAAAAGGGCAGAGGCAGGUUAGACACUGUGUCGCUGAUGGUCAGUCACAGCCGAUGUAUAGAAAUGACUGCAGACAGAUGUACUAAAUGUACUGUAAGCUAUCAGGAAUACACACCGACACAGGGUGUUGACUUUUAUUUUGCUUUGUUAUCAGUAGGGGACGCUGUCUUUUUUUUUUUUGCUUUAUUGACACAUGCUGUGCUCUCGUCAUUAUUAAGGGAGUAACACUGGACAUAUGAGUAGCUAAAUUAAGCAGCAAAGUGUGCAAUAUCAGUAAGUGUUAUUUUUAAACACAGCUAAGAAAGCAUUUAUACCCACUGUCAAUUUAAGGGCCCAAACAGUCUGUGGAGUCAGAGGCCAGGUCACACACCUUGACCAGCCCUGUCAGUCAGACACUGUUUCAGUGAGCUAUCUGCCGCCCUGAAACCUUCACAGUUCCACCUGUCCAACCCACACCACUCAGAGUGCCUCCAGGCCUACUGGCAGCAUACUAUCUUCAUUUUUAAACAUUAUACUCAUUUUAUCAUAUUUAUUACUUAGUUUUUAAGUGUAAAUAUUGGUUUGAAGUUAAACAAUGCUUUUAAAGAGGAUUGUGUCUGUUUGAUGGGAAGGGGAAAGACCUUGUGAAAAUGGAGUCUGUGUUGAAUGACUUAAGAAAGAUAACAGCUGCAUGAUUUAUAAAACUAUUUUUUCAAAGAA